AUGUACGGCUAUAUACAGAGUGACGGCGACGAAGUGGAGUGUAAUCUGUCAUCAAUGAAGAUGUCUUAUGGCAGCGGCAGUAAGACUGCCCUCACAGACAUCAUCAUUAGCCCUCGACGAAACCUAUGGUCUCAGAGGAAACCAAUGGAGAAAUACCUGAUUUUGUUGGUCAGCGCCCUCUUUGUCGUGACCAUCGGUUUCAUACUUACGGCCGGAAUUGUCUCAUAUAAUAAACAAUUGGCUAUAUUUUUACGUUCAGAAAAUUCAACCGAAAACACGGCGACAACCAAAACAUUAAUACAAGCGAUAAUAAAUGCCUCAAACAGUCCAACGUUUAGCUCAAGUACUACCGAUGCGGUCAAUACAAGGAGUACUGAAAUCAUUAAAGACAACACAUUAGAGUCGGCGGGAAGUGAGGCCGUAGUGCAGAGUCCGGACAUUUGUAGGACUCCUGCGUGCGAGAGGGCCGGCAAACUGAUAGAGGCGUCGCUCAACCGGUCGGUCGACCCGUGCGAUGACUUCUACGCCUUCGCGUGCGGCGGAUGGGAAGCGACGCACAGUAUUCCGGCCGAUAAGUCCCGUUACGGCAGCUUUGAUGCGGUCGACGAACAGCUCAAGAAAGAUAUCAAACUAUAUCUGAGCCAAAGUCGCACUCAUAACGACUCAAACGCCGUUAUAUAUGCCUCCGAUCUCUAUAAAGCCUGUAUUGAUGAGGAGACAAUUAAUAGCCGCGGAGUUUUGCCACUUCUGACAGCUCUGGACUCAAUCGGCGGAUGGCCUCUAAGCGGACACUUUGGCUCCGAUGUUGACAUUGAUUACGAUUGGAGGGACUCUUUGGCCAAAGUUGUGGCCAAAAUGGGUUUGCCGUCCAUUUUCUCAAUUUCAAUACAACCGGACGCUAACGACACGUUAGUUAAUAGGGUUUAUUUCGAUGCAGCUAGUUUUGGUUUGGGCAGAAACCAAUUGGUCAAUACCAGCGCUUACCCCGAUAUUGUGAACGCAUAUAAACAAUAUAUAACACAAUCGGCGAUAUUAUUGGGCGCUAAAAAUGAAAGUCAAAUCCAAGAAGAUGUCAAUAAUUUGGUUAAUUUUGAGACAAAACUGGCGAAUUUGUCUUUAACGCCGGAAAAGAAGAGAGACUCCAGUGUUUGGUACAACAGAAUGACUUUUGAAGCCUUCAACAAAUUGACUGAUAAUAGAGUCGAUUGGCUUAACAUAACUAACAAUAUAUAUUCACAAUUGAAUUUAUCAAUACGUGUUAAAAGCGAUGAAUUGGUAAUAAUCCAAGACAUGGAGUAUUAUAAAAGCGUAACAGAGCUGUUGUCAGUGACUCCGAGCCGAGUAGUGGCCAAUUACUUGGGAUGGAUGGCAGUGAUGAGUCUGGGCUCGUAUACCACCAAACAAUUCAGAGACACUGUCUUUAACUUCGAUAAAGUGGUGUCUGGUGUGGAAAAAGAGGCCGAAUUAUGGCAAACGUGUACUAAUAGUCUAUCGGUUACUCUUCAAUACGCUGUGAGUCGUCUCUAUGUCGACAAUAAUUUCUCCCAAAAGGAUAAACAAGAGGCGGCGCUUAUGAUUAGCGACAUUAAAGAAUCUUGGCCAAUGCCUCCGGCUAUUGUGAACGCCGCCUACGAGCCCACACAGAACUCAAUCACAAUUCCGGCCGGAAUUCUUAAACUCCCAUUUUUUGAUAGUCAAAGACCGGCGUAUCUAAACUACGGGGCCAUCGGUUUGCCUGUGCUUUACUGGUUGAACGGCAAGAAUACUGUGGGCGAGAAUAUCGCCGACAACGGAGGUAUGCGUGAGUCUUACCGGGCGUUUCAAUUGUACGUCAAACGACACGGAGAGCCCCAACGAUUGCCAUAUGUUAGCGAAUAUACGGCCAAACAGUUGUAUUUUAUAGGCCACGCAAAUGUUUGGUGUAGUCUUUGGAGACCAGAGGCGUUGAAAAAUCAAAUCCAAUACAACCCUCACAGUCCGGGCAAAUACCGUGUAAAUGUGCCUGCUUCUAAUUUCAUAGAGUUUUCCAAUGCCUAUGGCUGUAAGAGUGCAUCUGUAGUGCAGGAGCCGGACAUCUGUACGACAGCCGCGUGUGAGGCCGCGGGAAAGAUACUGAAAGCCAAUCUCAACCAAUCGGUGGACCCGUGCACUGACUUCUUUGAGUUCGCGUGCGGGGGUUGGGAGGCGUCGCAUACCAUACCCGCCGACAAGUCUUCGUAUAUAAGCUUUGAUAUACUCGACGAUAAUCUCCAUAAGAGUGUUAAGGAAUCGCUGAGCAAAGAGCCGUCAAAAACCGACUCAAAUGCCGUUAUCUAUGCCUCAGAUCUGUAUAAGGCCUGCAUUGAUGACGCAACACUUACGGCCAGAGGAGUGGCACCGUUGGUAUCGGCGCUGAAUUCAGUGGGCGGUUGGCCUAUAACUGGUCAGACGGCUCCUCCCAGCGAUUGGAAAGACUCUUUCGCCAAACAGGUGGCAAAGUUUGGUUUGUCGACCAUUUUCUCUGUCUCAGUACAGCCCGACGCUAAUGAAACAACUGUCCGCAGGGUUUAUUUUGAUGCCUCGGGCUUUGGUUUGGGCAGAAACCAAUUGGUGAAUACGACCGCAUAUCCCGAUGUUGUGAACGCCUAUAAGAAAUACAUUCUUCAAUCGGCUGUACUAUUGGGGGCUAAAGACGACACUCAAACACAUCAAGACAUUGAAGAUAUAUUGACUUUUGAAUCAAAACUGGCGAAAUUAUCGUUACCUCAAGAGAAGAAGAGAGACUCUAGUGUUUGGUAUAACAGAAUGUCUUUCGAGGCGUUCAACAAAUUGACUGACAAUAGAGUCGAUUGGCUUAAGUUAACAAACGAUAUCUUCGCACAAUUGGGAUCAACAAUACGUGUAAAAAGCGAUGAAUUGGUGAUAAUCCAAGACAUCGAGUAUUAUAAGGGCGUAACAGAUCUGUUAUCAGUGGUUCCCUCGCGAGUUGUGUCCAAUUACUUGGGAUGGAUGGCAGUGAUGAGUCUGGGCUCGUAUACCACCAAACAAUUCAGAGACACUGUCUUUAACUUCGAUAAAGUGGUCUCUGGUGUGCAAAAAGAGUCGGAAUUGUGGGAGAAUUGUGUGAAUAACUUGUUGUCUACCAUUUCAUACGCUGUGAGUCGGCUUUAUAUCGACAAGAAUUUUUCACAAAAGGAUAAACAAGAGGCCGCGAAUAUAAUCAGUGAUAUAAAGGACUCGUACAACGAGUUGAUUAAAGAGAGCGAUUGGUUGGACGAAAGUACCAAAAAUAAAUCAUUAUUUAAAUUGAAUGCAAUUAAGCAAAACGUCGGAUAUCCUGAUUGGCUGCUCAAAAAUGAAGAUCUCGAUAACUAUUAUAAUCUGAAAGAAAAAGUGGACAAAAAGAAAUCGUUUGAAGGCUUUCUUAACUUACAAUUCAAUUCACAAUUUAGAUCUUUUAAAGCGCUUCGAGAAAAAGUUGAUCUAAGCUUAAGUUGGCCAAUGCCUCCCGCUAUGGUGAACGCCGCGUACGAGCCCACACAAAAUUCAAUUACAAUUCCGGCCGGUAUUCUCAAGACCCCAUUCUUCGACAGCCAAAGACCAGCCGUACUUAAUUACGGAGCCAUAGGAUUGGUGAUCGGACACGAGAUGACACACGGCUUCGAUGACGAGGGCAGUCAAUUCGAUGCGGAGGGAAAUCUAAAAAAUUGGUGGACACAAGCUAUCCAUAAAAAAUUUGAUCAAAAGGCCGACUGUUUUGUCAAAGAAUAUUCCGCUGAAUACGUGCCCGAAGUGCAAAUGCACUUGAAUGGUAAGAAUACUUUGGGCGAGAAUAUCGCCGACAACGGAGGUAUGCGUGAGUCUUACCGGGCGUUUGAAGCGUACGUCAAAAAACAUGGUGAACCCCAACGACUGCCACACGUGACUGAAUACACGGGACAACAGUUGUAUUUCUUAUCUCACGCUAAUGUUUGGUGCAGUCUAUGGAGACCAGAGGCCCUGAAGACCCAGAUUGAGUACAACCCGCAUAGUCCGGGCAAAUACCGAGUGAAUGUACCUGUGUCCAAUUUUAAACCAUUUUCAGACGCUUACAAAUGCAGUCCUGAGUCCAGAAUGAAUAGGAAAGACAAAUGCGUUUUGUGGUAAUGAUUAGCAUUCAAUUGGUUUUAUUCGUUACGAAUUGAACUAACAAUCAAUUAUUAAAAUGAUUUAAAAUGACAAUAAAGUAGAGAAUAUUAAU